UCUUAUCUUACUAAACGGUCACCAUAUUCACCCAGUCUUAUCAUACAAAACGUUCACCAUGGCGGGCCAGGUUCGGGGAUUCGAUGCCUGGGACUAUGUGGUGUUUGGCGCCAUGCUGUUUAUAAGUGCGGCGAUUGGUGUGUACUAUGCUGUGGUUGGAAGAAAACAGAAAAGUACGAAGGAAUUUCUACUGGCGAGUAGUGGGCUGGGGGUACUCCCUGUGGCUUUGUCCAUCCUUCUCUCCUUCAUGUCCGCCAUCAUGGUGCUCGGCAGCCCAGCGGAGAUGUACACAGAAGGAACCCAGUUUUACAUGAGAGUGAUAGGGUGUCUUGGAUGCGCAAUCGCGUCCGUUAUUUUUGUCCCUCUCUUCUACUCCCUGCAUACAACAAGCGUUUUUCAGUAUCUGGAGAAGCGGUUCGACUCCCGUGCCGCCAGACUAACAGGGACAUGUAUCAUGGUAAUUCAGCAGGUGUUGUAUAUGGGAUUGGCAUCGUUUGCUCCAUCAACGGCUUUAGAAGCGGUGACUGGGUUUCCGACAUGGGCAACCAUCAUCACUGUGGGACUGGUGUCAACGUUCUACACCUCACUGGGUGGAAUGAAAGCAGUUGUGUGGACAGACGCGUUUCAAUCAGUGGUGCUGCUUGCCGGACUACUAGCAAUAGUCAUUCAGGGAUCCAUCGUGGUUGGCGGCAUGGGAGAAGUGUGGAGAAUAAACGAAGAAUGGGGACGAAUUAAUUUCUUUAAUUUUGAUCCAGACCCUACUGUCCGCCAAUCAGUGUGGUCACUGGUCAUCGGUGGGAUUAUAGACUUCACAGCGAUGUUCGGUAUCAGCCAGGCCAGUGUCCAGCGCUACUGUGCACUGCCCACACUCCAGAAGGCCAAACUGACGGUGAUGCUGAACGUAAUCGGUAUCUCUCUUCUAAUGACUAUCGUGUGUCUGGCGGGAGUCAUAAUGUUCGCCUAUUACGCUAAAAAAGGAUGUGAUCCACUGUCUGCGAAUGACAUCAGUAACUCAAACCAACUGAUACCCUACUUCGUGAUGGAGGUGCUCGGAUAUCCCGGUCUCCCAGGAUUGUUCAUCUCAUGUCUCUUUAGUGGAGCACUCAGCACGAUGUCCUCCUGUCUGAACGCCCUGGCCGCUGUGUGCUGGGAGGACUUCCUGAAGCCUGUCCUCGGGGAAAGACUGAGCGAGGGACAGAAAACACUCGUCGUUAAACUAUUGGUUCUGUUCUUCGGUUGCGCUGGUAUCGGGAUGUCUUUUAUGGCAAUGAAUUUAGGAGGAACAGUUUUACAGGCAUCCAUGAGCUUCAUUGGGGCUGCCUCGGGACCUCUGCUGGGGAUGUUUUCUCUUGGCGCCUUCUUCCCAUGGGCCAACUGGAUUGGAGCAGUGGUCGGCGGUUUUCUAGGGUUGGCGUUUCCCUUGUGGAUCAGCAUAGGAGCCUACACGGUUGUGGGAGCCCCACCUGGCCUUGAGUUCCCCACAUACAACUGCAGCGUCCCCAACAUCACCGACUCCAUGACAACAACAAUGUCCUCACUCAUGACAACAGCUGGAGGGACUGUCGAGUAUACUGGUAUCUCCGCUCUGUACACAGUGUCAUAUUUGUGGUACCCGGCUAUUGGAGCAUCGACGGUGAUCGUUGUUGGUCUCAUUGUAAGCGCUAUAACAGGUAUGAAUCGACUGGGUGAUGUGGACACAAAGUAUCUGAUACCUUUCUUCGACCGACUCUUCUCCUGCCUUCCCGCUCCCAUCAGCAGGUUUCUCCGCUGUAACCAGGAGUUCAGAGACCCGGAGGAAAUAGCAUCUGAAAGGGAUGGGGAGAUUGUGGUGCAAGCGUCUGGUGAUAUUGUCAGCAGUUCCAGCAAGGACAGGUUACCCCUGGAUGGGAUCGACGAGCCAUAUGUCUGUGUAUGUAAAGAGGACAAGGAAAUCAAAACCGGAUUUAACAACCCAGCUGCCGAUGUCUUCAACGACCAUAAACAGUAAAACGGUGCAUAGUUCUAAAUCUUCCUUUCCAAGAGUCACAAUGUUAUAAAAUCUUUCAACGUUUCUCCAUGUAAAGUUUAGUUAAUGUUUUGUAGAACGAAAUACACUGUGGUUAAAUUAAAUACAUUAAUAUCUUAAAGUUGAAGUUGCCAUUGAAGUGUUCACCUUUACAUGACAGCUACUUGCAAAAAUGUUAAUUUCACAGGACCCUGGUCAGAUACGUUUUACUAUUAUACUGUUAUAAAAUGUUAAGGACCACCCAGGGUCAGAUUUACUAUAGUACUAUUAACGAAUCGGGUAGUCCCUAACUUGUCUAGUGGUAUAUAUAAGAUGAAAUAGUUUUUUUUUAUAGAAAAAUAUAUAUUGUGGCUAAAUUCAUUUUUAUCUCAAUGUUGAAGUUGACAUUGAAGCGUUCAUUUAAACGUAACAGCUAUUUGCUCAAAUGUUAAGUGUACUUGUCCCUUGUCAGUUACGUUUUAGUAUUUUAUAAACUGAACUAUUAUUAACAGUUUUCAUUCAUUCAUUGCCUAUCCUGAAUUAUGCACGGCUAUGAAUACAAUCAGAAAUUGUCAUCAGACCUAUCAUGUCAAGAUAGGCUGGAAUUCCGGAGAUACAGUUUUGCUAGACUAACAAGUCUAUGCAUAACCCAAUCAAAAUCGGGUCACGAACUCGACAUCCGGUUCAUAAAAUAACAUGGAUUUCAGCGUGCAGAUAUCAACCGACUGCAUGAUUUGCAAAGCAUGUGUCCCGUCAACUGGGCGUCGACAGAUAUGUUCGAAAUCUUGUCAUAAUAUUAAUUUAGGUGCUCAAGUGAUUUUGUGCAUUUAGCGGGUGUAAGACCCAUUUAUUACAAUAUAUAUCUUGAUUAUAGAUAAAAAAAACCUCUUCACUGGGCGCCGCCAUUUUGUUUGUAGCAAAUGCAAGCGAUAUGAGCGAUGGAAUCUUAUUGAUCAGUAGGAGGGACACAGAAGGGAAAUAACUCGUAAUAUCCACUGGUGGCGCUACGAUCCACCCUUGAGAUUCCAGCUUUGAUCUGCAAGGGUAGGAACUGGAUUAUAACUGUCAAUUAACGCCCUUGACUCGGGAAGAUGCUCAGACAUGUAGUGUUCACAUACGAUUUGCUUUCAUGGUACAUAUCUUUUUGAGAUUUGAAACCUUUAAUGCCAAAACUAUUUACUAAAACAACAUUAUGAGCCACAUUGCUAUUUCGUAUUCUUAUUCAUUUAGAACAAAUAUUUUGUCACGCCUUUGAUUAAAAUAUAUUUUAAAAUUGUUUGCUCUAUAUGUAAAUAGUUUUAACAAUAUUUUUUUCAUCAUUCAAAGACAUGUAUAUACCUUACAUGAAUAAACUGUAUAUA